CCGUUGUGUAAACUGUCAAUGUCAUGUCAAAACAUGUUCAAGUGUCAACAGCUCCCAAUCGCAGGCAAUUGUUUUUCUAUCUGUUUAUAUUCAUUUUACGCAUGAUUUUGUGCGAAUUUGCGCUGUGCAUUUAUGCACCCUAAUAACUAUCAAUACUCAAAUCAUGUGAUUCCGUUGGAACAAUAAACAGCCACCAAACUCAACAAUCAUGGCUAAGGAAAUGAUGAUAAUAUUUGUCUAUGACACUCAGCUACUGAAACACGAAGGUGAUGAUCCAGCAUCUGCAAUUUUAUAUUUUCACCCAGGCUGGGUGUCCGACCAACAAAAGACUGCAUUAUGUGGUCAAAUCAUGGGCACAGCACACUUUUUAAAGUCAGUUUUUGCUUGUCCAAGGAUUAUUUCACUCCAGAGUGGCAAGUUUUCUGUUCAGGAGUAUGGCAGAUACAUUUUAGCUGUGGGAACAGACAGGAACAUAGCAGACUGGGUGCUGGAGUAUCGAGCAGAUACUUUAUCAUCACUCAUCACAUUCUUCCAUAAUGACAUUGCUGUAAUGAGUGAAGUAUACCCUAGCGUGGAGUGUUUGUCUGCAAAAUUGUAUCACAUGUUUGAGACUUACAUCAAAAUCUUAACCUACAGCAGUAAUUUGUUCUCAAACAUUCCGAAAAUUCACCUGCCAAAGAGUGCGAGCAAUGUUUUCUUGGAAUCCAUGCAGAUUUUGCAAUGUUGCCAAGAAGUUGAACAUGUUUUGGGUGGGACAAUGCUCUAUCACAAUAAGGUGUUAGCAACACAGCUCAGUAGCAAUCUGACUAAAAGAUUGGUACUAACAGAUCCAUACAGGAUUAAAUCACCUGCGGAAACAGUUGAGGUUGAUUACCAACUUCCAUUGGGUGUGCAAUUGUUGCAUGUUUAUGUGGAAGGACAUGAGUAUCAGGAUUUAUCCGAGGAUGCACUGCGGACACGCACGGUACAUUUGUAUUUGAACAAAAGAAGCUACACUAAAUCGAUUCAAACAAAGGAACCUGUUUUAUCCGCGAUGAAACGCGAUCAAUCGAUUAUAUUCUCAAACAUUCCUGAAGAAGACACCGAUGCGCAUUCCCCGAUUAAUAUCGAGAAUAAUAUUCUUCCUUCAACGAAAUUAACACGCCCCAAGUUCCUAAAUUUACGAAACAAAACCCUGGAUGAAAAACCUGCGCAGGCUAAGGUUACAGCCACGACGCCAUUUUAUGGCCAGACCAGUAUUUGCUCAACGCCGAUGACAGACCUGAACAAAGUACUGCAUCAAAGCGUAAUGUCGAUUUGCAUUGAUCCGGAACAUCAAAACACGACUGAAGAUGAGCAAAAUGAACAAAAAGAACAAACACCCGAAGAUAUUAACGCAGAUAUUACUAAUAUUAACGAUAAAGACAAAGAAAUCGAUGAUUCCCAGGUGAAAACACAGCAAGAAGAUGAAAAAGACAGCGAUAAAGAAAAUGGUGAUUUUGUGAUAGCCAAGAUGGCGCCACCGAAGGAUCGCGAAGCGAGAAAGAGUCUUACUCUACCAUUAAAGUCACUAACAUUCGAUUCAGAUUUAUAUUCACCGAUUGUACGCAGUAAAAACUACGGUGGAGUACAACUGACUCCUUUGAUGUCAAAAUUGAGUCUACUAGCGAUGGAUGAACAUUCCAGUGGGUUUGGCAGUCGUGAUACCACGCCUAGUGAGUAUAAAGAUGUCCGCUUCACUACACCAACACAAAACAAGUCCGCCAUCUUUAAACAAAGCGGAAAUGAGUCAAAAUUCAAACGACCAGUCACUGAGAAACUCAAGAAGAGUAUUUUGUUUGUCUGCGGACAACAGGAUAUGGUUGUAGGGUUGUUAUUAGAAGAAAAUGCUCAUAAAUCACCCGAAGCUAUACAAAAACUGUGGGGGUUAUGUACGGAGUCUCUGGGUAAAUUGGAGAAACAAUUGCGGCAUUGUCUAGAGACAUAUCCUGGUAACACCAGCGGAGGUAACAGUUCUUCGGAUGCCAACGAUCCGUACAGUUAUCUUAGCAUGGACCAACACUGGGAUACCAUUCAACGUGGAGGUCCUUGGGGUUGCAGUGAACUUGGGGCAUUGACUCAUCUUCAUCGUGAUUUCUGCAAUACAAAAAACAUUACAGAAAUUACUCUUAGGUAGGUAUUUUUUUACUUUUUGACAGCUUCACUUUU